AUACUCUGACUGAAGGUUGGGCAGGGUGCGUUCCAGCUCACAUACUGUCUAACUCGGGAUUUGUUCAGUCCAUAUUUGAUCAAGAAGACUUUUUUUCCCCCUGAAAGUUCACAGUCUGCAUCACCCUUUCAGCACAUUUGCUAAGUCUCCAGCAAGCAGGCAAGUUGGUUCAUAAACAAUUGAUGCAAUUCUGCCUCUUUGCUCCCUUCAGAUUUGCUCACCAAAGGACAUUUUACCGGGACCUACCUGACCAGCCAUGCUGAUCCUGACCUGCUCUUCCAAGCUGCAGCUGCUGGAGAGUGUGUUGCGAAAGGGCCUCCCCGAAACGCUGCUGGUCUGUGGGGCAGUGAUGCACAUCAACCGUGGAAACCCAGCUCAGCACGAAGUCGUGGUGGACUCUUGGCCAGAAUUUAAAGUUGUUCUUACCCGACCACGGAAAGAGGUGGUGAAGGACAACAGGGAUUAUUAUGCCAACCUCCAUGCUGCUUUCUACCGGGAGGAAGAUGCCUGUAGGAGGCUCCUAGAAAACAAAGAUGCUGUAGAUUGGGACAAAGCUUUCCAGCUACAAGGUCUUCAGGAUGGUCUCUAUCAUGCUGUGAAAGUCAUGGCAGAGGCUAGACCUGUCCACAUGGAGCCCUAUUUCUACCAGGCAGCACUGCACCCAGAUGCAGCCACGUUAUGUCAGAACGAGUUGAAAAGUGACCCCUUCCACUUGGGAAUGCUCAACCCAUCCCAUGCAGCCCAACUCAAUGACACCUAUGAAUUUGGAGGCAACGAUCAGAGCCUGCGCUACCUAAGGAGUCUGGUUGAGAACUUCCCAAAUGCUUGUCUCCUAGAUCAGAAAGGGCAGCUGGUUGCCUGGAGCCUAAGUGAUGCUCUUGGAUGCCUGACACACGGCUAUAUUCUUCCUGAGUACCGGGGAAAGAGACAUAUGAAAACAGUGGUGCAGGCAGUAGCCAGAAAGUUGCACACUAAAGAUUUUGCCUUGUACGCUAGAGUUCGGCCAGAGAAUGAGAUCUCCAAGAAACAUUUAAGGGGCCAAGGCUUUCAUCUCUUGCCUUGGACAAAGUAUAUUCUUUUUUUCAUUCCAAAUCACAUGAAAUAGCAGAGGCAGCAUUCAGGCUUCAUUAGAUGGUGAGGUUGGAAGUAACAUUCACACAGAGAUGUAAGGGACUGUGUCUGGAUAUAUUCAAGUUUAAGUCAAAAAAGGAUCACAAAAACCAGAAAUAGCUAUGAAGGAAUAACUGUACAUUCUAAAAUAAAAUUCUUGCAGCCUUUAAAUGGUGCAUAGCCCAUAGAUAUCCCUUGACAUUCAUUUUACACCUUAUCUGGAUCCAGUAUUUUGGCCCUAAAUCGCUUUUUAUUUCAAAAGAGCUCUUCCACCCUACCACUGCUUGGAGCCCCCCCCCCGUCCUGUGAUCAUAUUCACCUCUGCCAAUUUCAAAGGGCUGAGGAUAGACCAAUGAUUCCCUGCAACAAUUACUGCUCCGACAACUAACCGGUAGGAUAGUGUAAAGUAUGUCUUUCACUCGGUUCCAUAUGCCAAGCGCCAUCUUUUAGGAUUCUGCCACUCUUAGAGGAAGAAAGAUGAUUGCUAGUGAGGGCCACUGUGAGAGACAGUUUGGUCUAUUGGUUAAGGCAGCAGGCUAGAAAGUGGGAGAUUGUGAGUUCAAGUUCCAUCUUAGCCAUGAAAGCCAGCUGGGUGACUUUGGGGCAGUCACUGUCUCUCAGGUUAAUCC